AUGGAUAAAAAAAACGAUGACGACGUCCAGCUGGCUCGUAUGGGCCACAAGCCCGAAUUGCAACGGAACUUUUCCACCCUGUCGAUGCUGGGCUUGGCCUUUGCCGUAUUGAAUUCGUGGACUGCAUUGUCGGCUAGUCUUUCCAUCAGCUUGACCUCGGGAGGAAGUACCAGUGUUAUUUGGGGUCUGGUCACCGCGGGAACAUGUAACUUGUGCAUCGCUGCGUCGUUGGCGGAAUUCCUCUCGGCGUAUCCGACGGCAGGGGGUCAGUAUCAUUGGGUGGCGGUCUCCUGGCCACAAUGGAUCCCCAUUCUCUCCUGGAUCACCGGCUGGAUCAAUGUCGCCGGAUGGAUUGCCCUGGUGGCAACCAAUGCCCUUCUCUCUAGUCAGUUGAUUGCCGGCAUCGUCUCGGCGGUUUAUCCGGACUUUGUGUGGCAGCGAUGGCAGCAAUUCCUGAUCUACGUCGCAUAUACCGCCCUGGCAUUUGUCGUGAAUGCGUUUAUGAACUCCGUUUUGCCGAUUAUUUACCGGGGGGCUUUUGCCUGGUCCAUCGGUGGUUUUGUGUUGGUGUCCAUCACAGUGUUGGCAUGUGCUUCGCCGGAUUAUCACUCCGCAUAUUUUGUGUUUUGUGACUUUGUCAAUCAGACGGGAUGGCCGGAUGGAGUCGCUUGGUUGUUGGGGCUCCUGCAAGGAGGACUAGGAGUCACUGCUUUUGAUGCGGUCGCUCAUAUGAUUGAAGAGGUCCCUCAACCCUCUAUCCGAGGCCCCAAAAUCAUGGUCACCUGCGUCGGAAUCGGCACCUUCACUGGCGCUGUUUUUUUGAUCGUUCUCCUCUUCGUCGCGGGCGAUAUCAACGAGGUUAUCAAUUCCAGUGCCGGUCCUCUUCUGCAGAUUUUCCUACACGCGACUAAGAAUACGGCCGGUGCGAUCUGUCUACUCAUGCUCCCUCUUGUAUGUCUCGCUUUUGCUACCCUCAGCGUCAUGACGACCAGUAGUCGAAUGAUUUUUGCAUUUGCUCGGGAUGGCGGCCUCCCCGCCUCGCGACUCUUCUCUCGCGUACAUCCAAAACUUGGACUCCCCGUGAAUGCACUACUCCUGACAGCGACUGUGGUGAUAAUUUUCGGGUUUAUAUAUCUGGGCUCGACGAGUGCAUUCAAUGCAAUCAUUUCCGCCUCCGUCGUGGCGCUGGAUCUCUCCUACGCCAUGCCCAUCGCGGUGAAUUGUCUUCGCGGACGCAAUAUCCUUCCCGACCGGAGUUGGAAGCUACCGGGGAUUUUUGGGUGGGUUGUAGAUAUGAUCUCCCUGGCGUAUAUCGCACUCACGACGGUGUUGUUUCUCUUCCCGCCUGGUCGGCCGGUUACGGGCAGUAGUAUGAAUUACUGCAUUGUGGCGUUUGCGAUUAUCGUCGUCGUAUCGGUGGUGCAGUGGAUUGUAGAUGGGAGGAGAAAUUUCAAAGGGCCCCGAGUAGAUAUUUAA